CCCCAGCGACCAUGUUGGAAAACCCUGUCGAGUCCGGAAUGAGACGGAAGUUAGACGGUAGUCCGUUUCACGAUUUCUGGUCUUUUAACGCCAAACAACCCCGGGAACUAAAUGGACGACCGCCAGCUAGACCUGACAGAGGCGCAGAUAGUAACCAAAUCGAAGUAUCCUCCAAUCAACAGGAAAUAUGAAUACUUGGAUCAUACAGCAGAUGUGCAAAUCCACUCCUGGGGAGACUCUCUGGAGGAAGCCUUUGAGCAAUGUGCCAUGGGCAUGUUUGGCUACAUGACAGACACCGAAACAGUGGAACCGAUUGAUUCUGUCGAAGUGGAGUCAGAAGGGGAAGACUUUGAAUCUCUGCUAUUCCACUUCCUAGAUGACUGGCUGUACAAGUUCAGUGCAGAUAUGUUUUUUAUACCCAGGGAGGUAAAAGUUUUGCACAUUGACAGAAUGCAUUUUAGGAUUCGUUCUAUUGGGUGGGGUGAAGAAUUCUCGCUGUUGAAGCAUCCACAGGGUACAGAAGUGAAAGCCAUUACAUAUUCUGCAAUGCAAAUCCACGAUAAAGAAAAACCGGAGAUAUUUGCAAUUGUUGAUAUCUGAUACCCCAAGAUGUUGUUUACCCAACUGGUUAACUCUGCCUGGAAUACAUUGACGGCCAAAUUGAAUGGCUGUUUUUUUAUUCAAGAACUUGAUCAUGAAAUUGCAAAAUAUUAUUUGGUGCUGUUAUGUUGUAUGACAGGUUAAGAAUUUAUGAUACUAAAUCAGUUAUUGGUUGUUUACACAGUAGCCGAAGGAUUCAAUCAUGAAUGAUUAUGACAAUCAAAAUGGAUGGCUGUUAGGGAAUAUUUAUUGUACUGAGAACAUAAUGCCGCUUAAGUACAUCACAAAUGAAUAUGCAUCUAUCCGUUUUCUAUAGGUUAGGGUACACAUUCAAGUUGUGGGUUAGGUGGAGUCUUAUCCAUACUGAGUUUGGGCAAGAGGCAAGGCCUUGAGAGCGCGGAUAACAGUACCCGCAUUGUAUCACGUGACCGACACAUUGGGCCGCGCGGGCCCUAUGUGACACUUGAUGCAUAUGGUGUAAAUUGCUACCGUGCGCAGAAUGCUGCAAAAAACAUCUCUCAAAACCGCGCGUGUGCAUUCAGCUCGAGUAUAAAGACAAACCGUGUGCAGUGACAUUAGCACAAUUGUACGAAGAAGCCUGCGGGGUACAUACGGGGUUAGUCCCUAGUCAAUUGCUUGUCGAUACAUUACGGCAAAAAAACAUUCACACUCCUGUACACUUUUGGAGAAUUGACAGCUUCAUAUCAAUAGAGUGUAAAAAGCCCAACUUAGUUAGGUCGUCAAUUUCAAAAAGUUAAACUCAUAAUAAGGAGAUAAAAUAUUUCACGAUUAUUUUUUUAAUAUACAUUUAUAAUUUCAGGAUUAUUGCUUUCAACUAUCAAAAACUCAAUUUGCCAUUUCAGGAAACUUACAUAUUAUGUGAUAAAUAUUCAAGAAACUGACAAUUCUUUUUAAUGUGGAAAUUAUCUAGGAAGAAAUGCGUAUCCAAUUGGUAAACUUUUGUAUUAAUCAGUACCCAAGAAGUACAGUGGUACUUCUACUUGCAAAUGUCUCUAGUAACGAAAAAUUCAGGUUACGAAACGGCUCCUCGGGAAAAAUAUUGUCUGUUCAGGAUAGGAAAGGAAAAAAUAGGCGCUGGAUUCCCCAAAUUCCACCAAACGUAAACAUCCUGUAUCUUGGUUUGUGUGGCGCGUUAGAGCUGCUCUUCCAUUGGCUGUCAAUGUAGCAUCUUCCUGCCAUACAAUUGGCUAGGAGGGACGUCAAUCUUUACCCAUGAUGCUUUUUGAUUCCCUUGGACACUCGACUGUCACACACACUUACAAGCUAACGUACGUUGGAAAAGUACCGUACAACUUUUUUGUUUGUUUUUUUGCAAGUUUUUUUAAUCUUUUCUUCACCAUGGGCCCCAAGAAACUUUAGUGGAAUUAAGUUGUGUAUGUGGAUAUGUUCCUAUUUAUGUUUUCUCUUGGCUAUCAAAGUUGCCUCCUUCCCCGUCCCCCACGAUGCCUUUUCCUUGUAACUCACCCUUCUCUUCGCAUAGUCACCCAACGCCAAAGUUAAAUGAACAACAUUUUUUAAAUUCUUAUUCUUAUUUUAAUUCUUUACAUGAUGUACUUGGAACUGAUUACGCUAUUUAACAUGUGAAAUCCGCUUCUACUUACGGAAAAUUCACAUUAGAAAACGACGUCCAGAACUGAUUAAUUUUGUAAGUAGAGGUACUACUGUAGCUCUGUUUCAAAAUGGUUGGUGGCCCUGUUGUAAAUAAAUGGACAUUUUCUGUUAUAAUUGCCAAGUAAUAAAUGUCAAAACAAUGUAAUUUUAAAGCAGUUUUGGAUGUUGUGUGGAAGGUUCUGCUGACACAUUAUCGUUAUUGUCAAAAAGUGUUACUGUUAUUACAGUGGUUACUCUUGACACUGAAAAUAAAUGUCAUGCCACACCUA